AACAGGGCAUCCAUUCUUCCUCCCUUGACUCUUUUUUUGGGGGUCAGCGAGAUCGCACUUAGAAUGAUGAGUCUACGACUGGUUUUAUUUCUGGGAGCAUGUGUCUUGCUCUCAGUGACAGCGCAAAAUCAGACUAAACCAGACAUCGAGUUCGUUGGUUUCAAGGUCAACAGAGAGCAACAAAUAAAGGGCAGAAACAUCAUGCUCACUGCCACUGCGAAUAUGAAAUUGAUGGGGAUCAAUGAUCUUAUCUACUGCGGAUUUAAAAACUUGAAUACAACGGGCUCACCGCCUGUUGAGACGGCCCUUGCCGCGGCAGGGAUUCGAUUCUCCCAACAGCGCACGAUGGCAAAAGCAAAAUGGUUCAUUAAAGAGAAACGUUCCGCUGGCCGAAUUAUCUGUAAGGGGAAUGCCAUUGCC